GUUGGACCUCGACGGGUGAGGACUGGCGCCGCUCUCCGCCCCUCGCUGGGCUGAAAUAAUUGUGAAGAUAAUAAUUGUUAUUGCUGGUGUGUGUGUCGUGAAGAGUUAUUAUAUGUGACGUCCCGGACAUUUAUAGUAGUAACUCCAACGUGAUGACAUAGAAAUAAAGAAUAAAGGCAAGAGCUACAUGUCAGUGGCCUUUAAAGAGGAAACAUUAUAGUUGGGGUGAGAGUUGUCCCUGAUGAGGCUGUGUGGCCUGGGUUGGGCGUGUCGAGAGAGCUAGGUGGGCGUGGCCUCAUGCUGCCUCACUUCCCCGCCCUCCUGCUCCUCCUCGUUUCCCCCGGAGGCGCGGACCAUCCUCCUCAUCCUCCUUGGAAGGAACUUUUUCGGAGACUUCCGUCCCCUCGCGAGGAAGUCGUGAGCAGCAGAGACAAGUAUGAGCAGAAGACCUUAUCCUGGAGCGGAUCUUCGACGACGCCGGAAGUUAAAACCACAGACCAAGUUCUCUUAGCAGUUAGCGGCCACCAAAUUAUUCCUUCUGUAAAGGAUAGACAUGAUAAAGUUUUCCCUGACCAGCUCACCCUCAGAUCACCAGCAGCAAGGGAUCAGCAGGCAAGCGAGUCAAUGGGCGGCAGCCAGGAAAAGUCAAGUGCAUCCCCAUAUUUCUCUUUCCCAGGGCCCCGGCAACGGAUGUUUGCACCAGACUCCCUUCCUGCAUUCCCUGCGGGGAUUAACAAACACCAUCCACUGAUCAAACGAUCGAGGCGAGAAUCUCGAAGGAACCGAAGUCGGACAGCUAACAAAACUCUCGUCAUCAGAUUAAUUAAUGAUGUGUCUCAGAGGAAAUCACCCGUCAACCGUAAACAAGUUCAUCAGGUCGCUUAUAAGAGAUGUGCAGGGGGGAGUAAGCGAGACUUUCUUACUAAUGACACCUCCAGUGAGACAUGUCUGGGAGUGAUAACAUCCACAGACCCAAAACAAACCACCAGUUCAAAAUUCGACGUCCAAGAUCCUGGGGAUAAUACUUCGCCUUCUACCGGAAAUGUUCUCUUUGUUUCCAAGGGUCUUACCAACAAGGCCCUAAAAAAUGGCAUCGCCUCCCAAGAGCAUCAGACCGACAUCAUUAAUAUAAGAGGGAAUUUAACAUCAAGGAAGACAACCGGAAUCAACACAGAGGCAGUUCUCUCGCGGGGUGAUACUGCCGGCCAUGAAAGACCUUAUGAGAUGACCUCGAGGCUACGCCAAGGUUCUGGGGGCAGUGAGACUAUAAGGGAGGAGGGUGACGCUCAUUUCAGCAAUAGUCUGUCCGACUCUACGUUUCGUAACGUCUUGACCAAAACCUACUCCAGCGGCAGUGUAGGCGCCGCUGAGCAGAGGCGGGAGCAUUUGGAGCCACAUCAAAAAUCAGCCGUGGUUGUAAAGGGAUCAGACGUGGCUCACUUGAGGCACAAAAUGGGUGAAAGAAGAGGCGUCGUUCCUCGUCUUCCCGGGGAGCUGAUGGCGCCUGUCACCAGCGCCACAAAACAUCAUAUCUCGGGAAUGUUAGGAUCCAGCCCUCCAUAUGCCGAUACCAGUCUUAAAACUAUUCCAUCUGUGCAGACACAGGGGAAAGAUUCUUUUGUAUAUAACAGAAGUUUUGCUACAAGUAACUCGAGAGGCAACAGUGUUCAAACACUAUAUUUCGAAAACAAAUCUGUGAAUUCCUGGAGGAAGCACAGCAGAGUAAAGGAAAAUAGGAAGGUCCCUCACACUUCGGGAGUUAACAACAAAAAGAGCAACGACUCAUUAUUCAGGGUUGACAGAACAGACAGAGAAGAUGGCGAGAGCGUGGAAGUCCCUUGGGUCACGUGGCAUAAAAAACGGGACACGGAAGAGGCGCAGAAAAAUGAGUUUGUACUAGUUAACGCCCAGGCUGGUGGGGGUCACUCGGAGAUGGCUGUCAGCCAAGAGAGGGACCAGCGGAACAAUGUCGAUGAAAGCAGGAAGAAUAGGGUGGUCAGGAGCAUUAAUGCCGGCUGCAAAGACACUGAAAAUGUUGUGUGUACGACAAAAGUCUUCCCAGACAACCACAACAAUAAUAAAUUGGACACCAUCAACGACCCUGGCCAUGUUAACGCUGAUGGCCCCUCAAGGCUCCGAGACGAUAAUAGUCCCGGAAUCCCCCUCAGGUUCUUAUAUAAACCAAAUGAAAACGACGGAACCAACGACAGUGAGAGCUUCCGCAGGAGGAUGGAAGAGGACUCGGUACCAGCGGUGGUGGAGGUGCCCGUGGUGAGACACAGGAGAGAGAGGUGGUCUUCUGUUCCUCGUCCAGAACCAUUCAGACUCGACCACCUUAGGAACCAUACCAUCGCUCUCCCGGCCAAAUAUUCCCGGAUAUUCACCAAGAAUUUUCCUCAGAUCUUUUCCAACUACCACUCCGACGCCAUGAAUAAGCGUAACCACCAGAGCGAACAGCGGCCGCAACAGCCAGACCAGGAGCCUAGUGACGAUAAACGGGCGGUCGCUCAUGGCUCUGUGGCAGACAUAAAGCAAGACAGAAAAGCCAACCGACCUCUCAGUCUACACGCUAACAGAUCGUCCGUUCGUGCUAAGGGAGGAAACAAACAUACCCGGGGGGAACGCUCGUUCGUCAAGACGCCACAACAGCGCCACGCCAGGAGCAGGAACCGAGCUAAGAGAAAAGGUAAGUCCUGUUAA